UUUUGCGCUCUUUCUAGCCGAGAUUUUUCUUUGAUUUCCGAUGUCUUGAUACAUGUCUGCAAGAAUUCUAACCUGUUUUUUGUUCGCCUUGCUUAUGGCUUAAAACGGAUAUCUCUUCCGUGGCUCCGACUGUAUAUCGGUUCUCUCGGCCACGUUUAAGACACGUUUACAGCUCUGCUCCGCUCGAUUCAGUCUCUAUCUGAGCGUUGUCUUUGCAAGUUAACCAUUUGCAAUCGUGCGGUCUUAUUCAAUGUGUUCGUGGCCACCACAAGUACAUAUGUAUUUAGUCUGUGGAAUACAAAUGUAUAUAGGAUACACAAAAAUGCCUAUGUCUCCAGCGUAAUGGCGUUUUAGUGAGAGUUUACGUGAAUAUCGAGGGCACAAAACAAAAUAGUAGAGUAAAGGAAAAAAAAGCUCAUUUUAAACAAGUCAAUGCCUUGCGAAAAAUUAUAAAAGUAACCAGAAGAUCAUGAAGAUUUCAUUGUCGCGUUUUUUAUAUUGCACAACCGGUCAGAACUCUUUCUGUUAAACAAUCUAUUGCUAUUAUACACAUAUUUCCUAUCUAUGAAAUGGAGCAUUUAGAUCUUGCUGGCUAUCUUGACCACACGCCUCAAAGUUGGAACAGUCUGGGAGCAUAUCAAGAGGAAGAUGCUGUGUACCUGUCUAGCUCGCGACAAAUGUUGGAACCCAUCUUGGAGGAGACCAGCGAGGAUGAGGAACGUGCCCGAAGUAGCUUGAUUGUAAGCCUAGAACAUCGAUCCACCCUAUGGAGUUCUACGGAGUCUGAAACUGGAUUAUUACGCAUAGAAAUGAUUAAGGCAGAUGUCGAUGCUGUUUCUGAAAGGGACUUUUUCUGCCCACCCAAGCGACCAAGGCGCAGCCCUGACUUAAAUUCUAUCCAGAUUUCAGAAGAUAGCGUCCAAUUGCGCCGCCCUAUGUCUUAUGAUUCCGAGCAUCACAAUAGCUUUGAACGCUUUCUAGCUUUAGAGGCAUGUGGACGGGAUAGCUACGGAAGCCAGGGCCAACGAAGCAGCAUAGGCAGUAGGCGAGGGGGAACUUUCGAAGAUUUUUAUUCCGACAAGGACUCCUCCCACUCGCUAUCGCGCAGUUCCUCCCUGGUACAGUUUGAGUCCUUGGAACGGCAGCUCACGCUCCAGGAGCAGCAUCAGAAUAUGAGCAGUCUACGUAACAGUUCGCCCUCGCUCACCUGCGAGUCUGGUGCAUCAACGCGGGCCAGGACCAGGGACAACAGUCCAGAUAGUAGGAAGGGAUCGGCCCCAACGCUGUCCAUGUUAAAACGUUAUGAAUCCAGCGAGUAUAGUCGUCUGCAUCAGACAUACUAUGAGCUAAACAAUCUUAAUUUUGAAUAUAAGCAACAAGAGGAAUUUCUCUCCAAAAGACGCCCAGAGGCGGAGCUUAAAUCUGAUUUAGAGAACUGCUCUAGCUCUAGCUCCUCCAGCGAUAGCAGUGGUCACAGCCUUCUAAGCUCAUGUCUUGUUCCCGUAGAAGCUGUUACAACAGAAAAGGAAAAACAGGACGGUGCCUUCUCCCGGCGAGUUCCCCCCAACUCAGCUGAGAACCUGUCCGAAGACUCGGGCUAUUGCGAGCCAAGAACGCUAAAGCGGGAAAAGUCUAAAUCAAUACCAAAGAAUUUCGACAAGCUUUGCGAAGAGGACGAGCUACUGCUGCUGGAAGAUGGUGCCCCGCAUUCCCACGACUUUAAAGAUUUGUGUCAGACCGAAAUAGAGCAGACUGCGGACGCGACUGCAUUAGCAUGCUCUCUGUUGUCUAUAAAUAGUUCCCCGGAGAGGGCCAGUUUCGAAUCGCCGUUGCCGUCUCCGACCGGAUCGGCAUCAACGUCGUCUGCCUCGUUCACUUGGCUGCACAACAGUUUGCCAGAUAUCCGCGAGCCACGAAGUCCACUCUCUGUGGAAAUUAACAAUUCAACACCCAAGGGAAUCGGCAGAACUCUGGCCACAACCAGCCAAAACAGUAGCAGCAUCCGGAGCAGCAGUUCCGUCGAUAGCUGUGACGGUUUAUCAUUCCUAGGCCCCACCCAUUCACUUAACAAGCUCCAGCAGCUUGAACUGGGGCGACGCCAACGUUACAUUCAACCCAGCCAGAGAAACUAUCACAGCAAUAGCUCCAGUGAGGAACUGGAGGGCCUGGACAACUUAUUUGUUGCUUGCCAUAGCCUGCCAAGAAUCCGACGCAGCUCCAGUUGGAACGAACGCGCUAAAAUAGUAGGGGGUGUGGCAAGUGCCGGAUAUUUGAACGCCAGUUACCUAAACCUAACUCUAUUAAAUUACACGGAUAAUCGGCUGCCGGCAGAGCCCCUUCAAAAUAACCUAAAGAGGAGCCCAACAGAAGAAAUGUCGAAAAAAAGCAACAUUGCCUGCGGAAGCUACGAGCACUUGAUUUGUAAGGGAAAUUUUUUGCUGGAUGAGAUCAGCAAGGUAUAUGACAAAAAUGUAUCUAUACUGACGGAUAAACCAGUGCUGGAAACCAAACUCGAUGCGUCAAAGGAAUAUGAUUCAAAUGCCCCCAAUGGGUUUUCGAUGGUGCAGCACGUGCAGCUAAACAUAAAGCCACCACCGCGCCAGAAAAAUACAAUUCAACAGCUGCCAGUCGCCAUGACUUUUAAUGGCCUUGUGAAAACAUUUGACCAGGAUCCCACUAAUUUGCGCACGUCUUAUACCCAGAGCCUAGAGCAGUGCCACCUUGACGAGCAAGAAACGGCAAAAACUGCUUCGUGCCCGCCGCCAGCCAUCUCAAAAAGAUUUCUGUCCAAGCGGCGAUUCCAAACGCAAUCGUCGGCCGCUAAGCAGCGAAGCCUCGUAAGCAGCACGCCUAAUCUCACUGACUGCAACGUCGGGCUACAGGAGUCCGAGUACGAUAUCUACGUAAGCAGUGCCCACGCCUCGAUGCACCAGUUGCCGCAGACACCAACGCACCAUAAGCCACUGGGAAUUCUGCUACAAGCUGGAUCGCGCCAUUCUUUCUGCAAGGAGGUAAGCUUUUGCCCAGUGGUAAGCAAGUACUGUUGGCACGAGCAGUCCUCUGAGGAGCCGACCGAGGACCACUUUCACUCCAGCGAGGGCGAGCAGGGCCCGAGCGACGACGAACUGAUGGAUUCCACUUUGGUGAACAACACCAGAGAGAACGAAAACAUCGUUACACUCUUCAAACCAGAGCAGGCGCAUCAUCUAAGAGAGUCGGCGAUCGCACAAAAGUUUACCGCUUUCCAUACCAAUCCGCUCUUAUCCGCUUUCACACACUCAUUAUUUGAAGAGAGCGUCGAUGGCAAAAACAAAGCAAUCUUAGCCACACCCAAUUGCCGCGAUCAAAGAACCGAAACUAAGACCACCCUGGAACCUGAUCCCGCUCUAAGCAGCUCAGUCAGUCUAAAACCUUGUGUCGUUGCGAACUCGUCUUUUCAAGAAGAAAUUCCAAGCGAUGCCCCUGAGGAACCUCCUUCUGCGACUGCACGACCUCUCAGUUUGCCAAUCCUCAGCGAGCCGCCCACCAACCGCGCGCACCACAUCCUGCACUCAUCCCAACAACUAAAGCGCUACGAAUCGAGGGCGUCGCCGAUUAACAAGAUGCCGCCGGCCAGCGAACUAAGCUCGCAGGCCACGGCUGUCGACAGGCCGUACGAAAAACACCCAACCUCCAAAAGCCUCUUCUCCAAGUUUGCCCACGGACUUAGAUUUUCUUUACGUCGCAAAAAGAAGCAGCAGCAACAAGACCCAUCGCGGUUUAAAGCGUCGCCCGAAAAGGAGUUGAGGCAGAGUCCCGAGGACGUCCAAUCGGUCGACUUUGUGGACAUCCCUUUAAAGCCGCCAAGAAGUUCGCAAUGUGACCGACUGCUCGAUUCUGUCGCGUCCGAGGCUAACAGUGGCAACGUUCACAGCUGGCAGCCACAGGAACAGCCGGUGAAGACCUCAACCCUGCAAAGGGUGACUGGCAAGCCCCCACUGCCUAAGAUGCCACCACGUAGUGGCAUCCUGGCGCAUGCGCCUCAGGAAACGACUGGUGAAGCCGUCAAUCUCCAUCGCGCCAUGCCGUUGCCGAGCGUCGAAACUGAACAGUACAAUCAUUUUACCGGACAGUUGAUGGCUAAUGUCAAAGCAACGAAAAUGAGGGACACCGGGCUCAGCUCACAGGCAGUAGUCGCUCGAGAGGCACAUACAGUUAAUCGACUGGCCGGAAACGGCAACGCGAAUAGGCCGACAGUGGUUACCGCCGUUCCGGUUUCUGUUGCUCCCGUCGAAGAUAUCGGCAAAAUUGGUUUGAUCGAGACCAAUCUAGAUACUCAUGAAACGGUUAUAUCGGGAAAGACACGUUCCCUUAUGGAUAUUACUUGCAACCCGCUCAGCAUGCCGCACAAGCGAUACAUCGUAAAGCGUCUAAAUGUAAACAGCGUUGCGUAUGACGUGGAUGAACUGGGCGGAGAGGUUAAACCCUCGUCAGGUGGAAUGGCAUCCGUACGAAGGCCGCACAAGAGUAUGGAAUUUCUGCUGGACAAGGAGAACCAGAAAAAUGUUUUGCCCCCUGAAAACGAACUGCAGAAAUCACAUGACCAAAAUCCAGGCGCACUGAGCGAACACCAACUGCGCGUCCAAGCGUCGCUUCAGCGGCUAAAUAUUCCCGACUGGUUCCGUCAUUACACCAAAGGGCCCGAAAAAGCCGCAGAUGGCGAAAAUGUAUGCACAAGUGCGACUGGUGGUGGAUACCGACCUGGCAACUUCACCCGCAAACGCGCACAGGAAUCGGGUCGCUGGCAAGGGCUCAAUUCAAAGACAACUUCCCUCAGCUCGCUGGGAUCUCAACGCUCCGACCGAAGUCCUUUGUUAAUGAGUCCCUCAGCGCACAGCCAUCACGGCGGCCAAAGCUCUUAUUCCUGUGGGUCGACGACAAUUCACGGUCCGGCCCCUGUGCAGAUAGGUAUGGGUGCCGCUCGCUGGUCAACCUCGCAUCUAAACUCCACUCAGAUGUCCCCCGGUGCCUCACAGCGCGGAAACUUCACGCGCGGUGCGCCCAUUAAUAGCAGCUUUAUUUCUGUGGCCAGUGGCAGCGGCUUGUUGCGCAAUUCAUACCGACAGCCGUAUUUGGGUUGGCGCAGCACAGAGAAGCUCUCUCAGCGUACACCCCACGAACGUCUGGCCAAUUCGCUGCUAACCCAACGGACAGCUUCGCCCUCCACACGAGCAGCCAAUGAAACCGACACCUUACAUACUGUUUCGACAGAGAUUCAAAGCUCCAUUAAGGAAGUCACAUCCGCCAUCGUUCACUUCGUGAACGACCAGCAGCAGUCCCAACAUCCGGUCAGCCGUUCUACUAGUCCAAAUGCAAGGUGCUGGCUGGAAAGCAGCUUUGUUGGAACACGGACCUUGGACUCCCCGCAGACACCCGUUAUUGAUAACAGUCCUCCCGAAUUAGCACGAAAGCAACAGCAGCUCCACUCGCACCAAGUGCACCUGGAUGUCAGUCUGACGCCUGUAUUCUCCGCUGGUCAGCUGCCGCAUCACAUGAACGGAAUCAAUCGUAUUGGCAACGGUGGCGUACCAACAAGUAAUAUAGCGCCCGAACGGUCGUUAAGCAGCGCCUCGCUAGAAGAAGUCCUAGCCUCGCUAUUAGGACUGCCACCUACCUUCUUAUCCGGCCAGAUCAGCAAUUCGUACAGCAGCUACACCCCCAAUUCGGCGACAACAGCAGGUGCAGCUAUUCGGCAGCAGCUGGAGGUGCAAUCAUCCGCCGAGCAGCAGCGGCUCCGUCGUCGGAGUGAGGGGGACGCCCCCUCGCAGGAAAAGCAAUAUUCCAAGUACCAACCCCAUCAGUCCAACUCGCAUUCGGUUGAAGCUGUAGUUAGUGCUAAGCCAAAUAUCUCCAAAGAGAACCGGCGGGUCUCGCUGGGCGACCCCACCCUCACAGCUACGCGGUCGGACAUAGAAAUCGGCGGAGAGCUGCAACUCAUCGAGGAACCAAAAGCCGGUUUUGGAUCGGGGCAACAAGUUCGCUGCCGCAACAGCAAGUGCGACCGGAGUACCUCACCCAGUGAUGCAAAGAAGCUUUACAAGACGUGCCACAAUUGUUCCCAUUUAUACUGUUCGCGUGAAUGUCGGCGGGCGCACUGGGAAAAGCAUCGGAAGGCGUGCCUGCACUCCCGUGCGUCUAACAUUUGUCGCCAGGUACUUGCCACGUGCAGGGACGACCUCGACUCACAGCGUCAUCUGAGUCUUUUGGCCCGCAAAGGCAGCCUGUCUCAAGGACGGGGCGUUGUGCGUGUGCUUUUUCGUAGUGCUGAGGCGGCGGAAGGAUUCAUUAAGAACGGGUUCCAGUGCAUGGGAGAGGCUUCGUACGUGCGCUGGCCAGACCUUAUGCCCGCUGAGAUGGGUCUGGACUUAUACUCCGAACUUCUUAAGCUUAGCACGGAGUACAAGCCGGAAACCAAAAUGCUCAUUUACGUGGCAAUUUGCGUGGUUUCCGAGGCACCGGGCAUGGGGCAGGCACCUGUGCGCUGGGAACGCCAACUUGUGAGUCGUUGUGCCAAACUGAAACUCUGCAAGUCAGUUCUGGUUGAACUAGAGCACCAUCAGGCGGCAAUCCUGCCGGCGUCUGUUGUGGCAGUGCCGGAGCGGACGGAAAUCCUCAUUCUAACUUUUAAACCCGGACAGCAUGGAAAUAGAGUGCUAAUCCUUUCAAACAUUGUGGACAUUUUGUCAACGCGCGGCGUCAUACUGAGCAAACACUAUCCGCAGGUCUUCGAGCGCCUGCAAACGUACUCUGAGGGACAGAGUGACAAGUUCAAUCCGGUGACAUUGCAUCCGCGGGACACGCAAACUGGGCAAAACUUUGUAUGCAUCAUUAUGGCGGUGCACACUGACAAUGAACUUACGAAGCUUCCAUCAGCAGCGGAUGGCGGUAAUCGAGUUACUACCAUAGAUGUAGGAUCUCCUUCGGCUCUUGUGCAACUGGAACUAGGCGAUUAUCAGAUUUUUAAAACCACAUCGAGAGAUAGUUGAUUAAGAGCAUACAAAAAUCAAAACAAUACUCUUCGGAGUGAAAGCACUGGCAACGACCACUCCUUUCAUUCCGAUCUGUUCAACGACACCUUGGGGUGUCCCAUAGAAAGCACCCGAAUGUAAGGAAGCAUCUUGAAAUCAACUGCGUUAAACAUGUAAUACAAUUUCCUGGUAGUUAUAACACUGUACAAAAUAUUUAUUUUUAAAUUUUUCCCAGUGAGCGGAAAUACAUAAUUUUCCUUUUUUUGUUAUUCUUUAAAAAGUUAAAUAAAUUCUUUGUCCCGGUCAAAUUUAGUUAUUGCUUAUAAUAUGUGUGUCCGUCCGUAUCGCGAAAACCAUAAGUACUAGACAGGAUUCAACAUGCAUGUUCCUAUAUAGCCACGUCUAAAGUGUGUUUUUUUUGAGGUAUACAACUUUAUCUCAAAGAUAAACUUGUGGCAUUACAUUUAAUAUAUGAUUUUUGGCAUAUGACCGCCACGGCUGGCUCGGAUGUAGUUCAAUCUCAACCAUUUUCUAUGAUUUUUUCAAGCAUUUGUAGCCGUAUAUCGGCAAUAUCACGGCGAAUGUCUUCCAAAUGGUUACGCGUUUGUGCACAUAGACGAAUGACUUUACAUAUCCCGACAGAAAGUAUUGUAGCGGUGUUAAAUCAUAAGAUUACAGGUACAAGACGUGAAAUUAUGCGGUCACAAAACGUGUCUUUCAAUGAAUCGAUUGUGGCAUGGAAUAAAAACUCCUGGACAUUAUGUUUUUUUAAAUCAGGAAUGAAAAAGUUUGUAUCAUAAUCGGUUUUGAAGAAGGACGGACCAAUGAUUCUACCAGCCCAUAAAGCGCACCAAACAGUCUGUGUUUCUGGAUAUAACUGUGUUUCGACAUACACUUGAGGAUUAGCUUCACUUCGAAUGCGGCAGUUUGGUUUGUUGACGUCCCGAAAAUCGGGAGCAACGGCAAUCUCAUUUCGGUCCCGUUCGACGAAUCUACUCCUUGCUUGAUGAUCGUUUGGCUUUAAUGUUUUUACGAGUCGGAUUUUAUAAGCCCGCAAACCAAGAUCCUUCCGCAAAAUCUUCCAUAAAGUAGGUGGACAAAAAUCCAAUUCCUGUGCUCGAUGGCGGAUGGACUCAUUCGGACUCACGCACCGCACGGCUUAGGUGCGAGAUGCCAGUUAUCAAUAAGAGAAUUGUCUAUGGUCAAUUGCUUUGAUAGACGAUAAUGGACGCAAAAUGGAAUAAACGUAUUCCGCACAGAACCUUUUUUUCAAAAUAAAAUUGCACUACUUGCAAGCGUUGUUCAGGUUUGUUGUCAAACUAAACUUGACAGCUGUUAAAUCGGUCGCCAUCUUGAACAGUAGUGCCAACUUAAAGUUCUAUACCUCGAAUAAAGCACACUUUUAAAGUCCAUAAUGGCUAAGUCUGCUUGGCGUAUGUGGGCGCCAAAGAUAUUGUAAAAGUGUAAAAUUAACUGUAAACGCGGACCCAUGUAAAUGAUUUAGGCUACAUCGUACACUAUGUACAUACAUCCCAAAAAUUAUUUUAAAAAAAUUGAAGUUUUUGUUGUGCUUUGUCAUUAAGAAGUUAAAAAGGAUAUUUAACUCGAAAAGUAAUUUGUUAAUGGAUUUAAAAGUUUGUGUGAAUAAUAGGUAUUUGAUUACGAAGAGUGUCAACCAAAUACAUUUAACUUAACUACUCCAGAUUUUUAAGAUAAAAUAAGUUUCCAAAACAAAAUGAACAAAAAAACUUCCGGUCAACCAAGUAUUCAACUUUAAUGGCUAUUACCUAUAAACAAUAAUCUCGAAAACACUACUUCCAGCGGAAUUUACUUUUAAUAAAGGGAACGAACGUAGACUAUUAUUAGACGAAUAAACGACAAUAGUAUUUCUUCCUCCUAACCCGGGUUUUCUCUUUUAUCUAACCGUCGCUACUCGCCCUCUUAAGUUUAUGUAAGCGUUUUCAUGUAAGCGUGUUUAUGCAAUAUUAUUAUGCUCGCAUAAAUAUACGAGUUGAAAGUAACAAUCCGUUAAAAUUAUAAAAAAAUAUUAAGAUGCGUCAAAUGCAAUAAAAAUCGAUCUCUGUUCAAAUUAUGUAUUAUGUAUGUCGACUUAGCCCCUGUUUUAACGAUUUCAAGUACUACAGACCAUUUAUAUUUACAUAUGUACAAAUGUGUGUAUUAAUAUGUUUGACAAAAAAAGUAUGACACAAAACAUCAAAUCGAUAAGAUUAAAAAAAAUUACAUAAUAGCAUCUAAAACAAGGCAUCAAUUUUGAAUGCGAAAUUAUUUGAAAUAAAAAGCGGGUAAAUGUUGGAAAUUCUUGUUUGUUAUUCAAUUUAACUGCAUAAAAAAGGGAGAGAUAUGUUUAUCUUUUUCAAGACUUCUUAACAGCAGGAGGGACGGACGGACUUUAAGACCGUAUCAGCAUUUUGUGGGUAGCUGGGAAGCUCUCACACAUUUACAAAGAACAGUUGGCAAGGGUAGGUGGCAGAAAAAUAAUAUAGCUGUUUAACUAGUUAACGAGUGAAAAACUAAAUAGCCAAGAUCGGUUCACCUAAAAAUGUAUGCAUACAUUCUUGUUUUAUGGUGGACUUUCCCCAUAAAAUGUAAGCUUGAGGGGCGAGUAAUAUAUAACCCAGCUUCAAAGCCCAUGGGUAAUGUAAUUACCCUGAUUAAUACGGAAUGUAAAACGCAAGCUAACGAUAACAAUUUUUUUAAGCAGAAACUGAAUUUCAUAAAUAAAACGUGGACCAACCACAAACAGAGAUCUUCCUAUAUUAUCUUAAAUAUACAUACAUAAGUGCAAAGUGCAUGCAUACAGUUGUCAUUAAAAGAAACAAAACUAAAUUAUUUUAAUUUUUGAAUAAUCUUACAUAUAUAAAUUUGCAAUAACUACCCGCUAUUGUUUGCCAAUUCAAAAACGGUCCCUUAGAUGUAUACUUAUUCGUAAAUACCUAUUUAAUGCGAUAAGCAAUAUA